GUACAAGGGGGUGAAGAAGGGGGGUGUCACGGAAAACGCCUCCUACUACAUCUUCACCCAGUGCCCCGACGGCGCCUUCGAGGCCUUCCCAGUCCAGCACUGGCGAGAUCCCCCCUCUGGCACCCCGAGACCCGGAACAGGGGGGGUGACACUGUGUCCCCCAACCUCCCCCAGGAGGAACAAGGUGCUGAACCACUUCAGCAUCAUGCAGCAGCGUCGGCUGCGGGACCAGGACGAGGAAGAGGAGGAGAAGGAGAAGAAGGCAGCCAAGAAAAAAGGCGGGGAGCUGAAAAUCCACGACCUGGAGGACGACCUGGAGCUCAGCUCCGAGGAGAGCGAGGGCAGCGAGGCCGAAGGGGAAAAGGCGCCGAAGCCCAAAAAGGCGGCGCCGGCGGGGAAGAAGAAGAGGAAGAAGAAGGGCUCUGAGGAUGAAGCCUUCGAGGACAGUGACGACGGGGAUUUUGAGGGGCAGGAGGUGGAUUACAUGUCUGACGCCUCCAGCAGCUCGCUGGAGGAAGAGGUGGGGAAGCCCAAGGUGACCAAGGAGGAUGAUGGACCCAAAGGCAUCGACGAGGCGAGCGAGAGCAGCGAGGAGAGCGAGGAGGAGAAAGCAACGGAGGAGAAGGAGGAGGAGGAGGAGGAGAAGAAGGCCCCGACGCCGCAGGAGAAGAAGAAAAAGAAGGACAGCAGCGACGAGUCGCAGACCUCGGAGGAGAGCGACAUCGACAGCGAGACCUCCUCCGCCCUCUUCAUGGCUAAGAAGAAAACCCCCCCAAAAAGGGAACGUAGGGGCUCUGCCAGCAGCUCGAGGGGUAACAGCCGCCCCGGGACGCCCACGGAGCCCGGCAGCACCAGCUCCACGCUGCGGGCGGCCGCCUCCAAACUGGAGCAAGGGAACGUAGGGGCUCUGCCAGCAGCUCGAGGGGUAACAGCCGCCCCGGGACGCCCACGGAGCCCGGCAGCACCAGCUCCACGCUGCGGGCGGCCGCCUCCAAACUGGAGCAAGUUUGGGGGUAUCCCCCCCUAUUUUUUGCCCCCCCCCGAUUUUGGGGUGCCCCCCCGCAGGGAGGUGCAGCUGACGGAGGAGGCUGUGAGGAGGUACCUGGGGAGGAAGCCCAUGACCACCAAGGACCUGCUGAAGAAGUUCCAGACCAAACGGACGGGGCUGAGCAGCGACGCCACCGUCAACGUCCUGGCCCAGAUCCUCAAACGCCUCAACCCCGAGAGGAAGGUCAUUGGGGACAAGAUGCACUUCUUCCUCAAAGAGUAGGGACCCCCCCA